GAAACGCGCUGGAUCGAUUCGUACCCUCAACUGAAAAUGUAAGUCCAGAAACAAAUCAAAUUUCAAGCAAGCUCAGACUAUGUAGUUUGUAUGUCUGUAAUGUUGUGUACGUCCCCGUUUGCGGUCCAGUUUGUAUCGGUUUAAACGCGGGGCACAAGCCUAUAGGUUAGCUCACCUCAGGAGUUGGUGCGUCGGGUCUUUCUCUGUUGUUGUUUUCUCCUCUGUCACAGCGACAAAUUACAUCCACGAUUCCCUCGCAAUAUUUCAACGAGUUGCAGUGAUGACUCAGACUGUUCAGACCAACGGGGUUCAACCCCUCAGUAAGACCUGGGAGCUGAGUCUGUAUGAGCUCCAGAGAACUCCACAGGAGGCUAUAACAGAUGGACUGGAAAUAGCAGUGUCGCCUCGGUCCCUGCACAGCGAACUUAUGUGUCCUAUCUGUCUGGACAUGUUGAAAAACACAAUGACAACUAAAGAGUGUCUGCACCGCUUCUGCGCUGAUUGUAUCAUCACAGCUUUAAGAUCAGGUAAUAAAGAGUGUCCUACCUGUCGUAAGAAGCUGGUGUCCAAGAGGUCGCUGCGUCCAGACCCUAAUUUUGAUGCUCUGAUUAGCAAGAUUUAUCCCAGCCGUGACGAGUACGAAGCCCAUCAAGAGAGAGUCUUGGCUCGCAUCAGCAAACACAACAACCAGCAAGCCCUGUCCCACAGCAUAGAGGAGGGGCUGAAGAUCCAGGCGAUGACCAGACUGCAGCGUGGUAAGAGACACACAGUGGAGAAUGGUAGCGGAGCGGAGGACAAUGGAGACUCCUCCCACUGUAGCAACGCGUCCGUCCACAGUAACCAGGAGGCAGGUCCGAGCAUUAAGCGCACCAAGACUAGUGAUGACAGCGGUUUGGACAUGGAUAACGCUGCGGAGAACGGGGGCGGGGACUCUGUGAUUGAAGGUGGCGCCAGUGAAAUCGAACUGGUGUUCAGGCCACACCCUACCCUGAUGGAGAAGGAUGACGGUCACAACAGUGUGGAGUUUGUCCCUCGCUACAUCAAGACGUCUGGGAAUGCGACAGUGGAUCACCUGUCUAAAUACCUGGCUGUCAGACUGGCUCUGGAGGAGCUGAGAAGAAACGCAGAGGCAAGUCCUGUUAAUGUGGAGGCAGCGUCAGAGAAGCAGUACACCAUCUACAUACCUACUGCUGGGAACCAGUUCACUGUUCUGAACGGUUCCUUCUCCCUUGAGCUGGUCAGCGAAAAGUACUGGAAGGUGAACAAACCCAUGGAGCUCUACUUUGCUCCUACUAAAGAACACAAGUAGACACACUACAGCAUACAUGCAUGUAUGUAUGCAUGCAUACAUACGUACAUGCCUACAUGUAUACAUGCAUGUAUGUAUGCAUGCAUACAUACAUACAUACAUGCCUACAUGUAUGUAGGCAUGUAUACAUGCAUGCAUACAUACUUACAUGCCUACACGUAUGCAUGCAUGCAUACAUACACACAUACAUGCACACCGGUAGGAAGUUAACAUAUGGACUUGACUACACCUGCACACACACACACAAACAAGAAGAGAGGAAUGUCAGGAGAUGAGAGGGUUUGUUUGAACCCUCAAAAGGACUCUUGUAAAAAGAAAAAAAGUUUGUUUUAUAUUCUCUGUAUCUUUCUCGAUGUCUUUCUAUUUGUCUCAGUAGAAGGUAGCAGAUCAGUACAGCAGCCAGCAGGUAAACGUGACAACGGGCUGUUGAUGGUAUUUGUAGAUUCUGUUCAUAAAUUUAGGACUAUUCUGUCAAACUGUGACUGCAGCCCCACAAUAUGCAGAAUAUAAAGUAGAGUACACUAGCCAACAGCAACUCCCUGUGUCAACUGUACAUGGUCAUAUAACAUGAAUCUGACAGGUAUGGAAGCAAAGAGCAGUACCUACCGUGAGUAGUCAGGUGUCCAGAGAAACCGGACUACUAGACAGUUUUACCAAUCUAAUCCAAGCAAAUAGAUGUACAUCAUUUACGUGAACUCUUGGAUCUGAAUCUUUAUUUGUUUUGAAUAUUGGGUAAUUGAAUCUUUUGUCUGAAUUUGUGAACCCUAAAAAUGUUUGGCAAUUGAACAGUGUGAAAUAAGCUACUUGAUUUUUUUCAAGAGGGAAAUUAAAACCAUAUAAAUUCAGACAAAGUUUUUAUGUUCUAAAUUAAAUAAUCAGUUGCGAUUAAAAUGAUUAGUGCAUUUUCUUUGCUUCCAUAGACACUUGUCUAAACUGCCGCUAGGCUUUAUUAGCGCCAUCUGGCACUGUGUGUAUGGGUAUCUGAGGAAACACCUGUUAAACUGUCUUCAUACUGACAAACAACAGUGGGCCGUGAAGGCAUAUCAAAUUGCAGCUACAUAGUAAUAUGAAACUCUAAAAAUUGCUUCAGGCAAAUUAUAAAUCUGUUUCUGUUUUUUUUGAUAAUAUUGUAAAGUAACUUUUUUUUGUUUAACACAGUUUUUGUAAUUUUAAACUAGAGAACAAUGUGGAAGUGAAUCUCUGUAAAGGAAGCCACACAAGUCGCUCUUUUGACUCCUUCAGUACGACGAGCUGCACCAUCAGCACGGCUCCUUCUUUAGUUCGGAUGUGUCCACUGUCCACGAGAACAGGUCCACUCGGUGGGGACAACGUGAACUGUGGUGGAGAAGCUCAUAGUUGUUGUCUUGAUCUGUUGCCUUGAUCUGUUGCCUUGUAGAAACAAACUGUCUUCUAAUAUCUGUGGCUUGUUCUUUUCUAAAUGUAUUUUGUAACAUGUUGGGUUGGGAAGAUGUGUUUGCAGCACAUUGGACAGUUGGACCAUUAAAGUAUUCACUGUCAUCCCAAACCUCCUCUCUUAGCUGACCAGUGUGUUGCCAUCACUUCUUAGAUGUCCAGGACGGUCUUCAUGUACAGCUCAGACAUUCAGUCAUCACUGAAUACAUAUUUCUUCACACAUUGGUUAAAUGUUUUCAGGCCCAGUGAAGCGGAAAUCUGUGUUAGUUUCUGCUGUGACUUAUUUUACAGUUAGGGGGAUUUCAAUCAAACUGUAUGCAUUUAAAUGGACUGCUAAAGUGUUUUUACAAAAACGUUGUAAAUGCCCCUGUUUGUAGUCCCAAAACACUCUGAUCCUGUUUAGCUAAAGGAGGAGUCAGAGGGUUUGACUAGAGUAGAAGUCCUGAGAAUAAGUGACCAUUUGAGCCAGUGAGUGGAUGUGAAAGCAAACAUGUUUGUACUAUAAAUGUCCCGCUGUGUUGAUGCCUUAUUUCGCUCUGCAUCUCAUUUGGUACAUUGUCACGCCCACAAGAACACAACCAUGACUCCAAAAACAUGCAUGUUUCUUCUUUUUUUUAAUGGCCUUGCUGUUUGUGGACAAGAGUAUGCUCCCAUUUGUGUCCAAGGAAAACCAUGAGGCCAUUUCUGCCACUGCAGAGCGAAGUGAAGUUUGCAUGUCUGAAGCGCCUUACUUCCUUCUGCAAAGAGAGUGCCCGUAGAUGUCAUCUGAGUGCACUAUCAUGGCUGCUGCUAACGGCCUUAGGAGGCACAUACACUAAUCAUGAGUAACCGGAUGAAUUGCUGAGAUGAGAAACUCAGUUUUCACAUGAACAAACUUCAGUCACGUGACUUAUUGUCACAUUCCUGGAUACAUCGUUCACUCCAGUAAAGAAAUAAUUGGAGCUCAUUUUAAAAUGUCAGUUUUCAAUUCCAUUCAGGACAGUUCAGUCAGUAUUUGUGAGACUGUAUUUGACAAGAUCAUCUUGACACUUUUUGUUUUCAUCGACAUGACUUUAGCUCAGUUGUCUCUUUAAAAAGACUGAUAGAAUAAUGUAAAUCUCAAGUUCCUGCUCUCCCUGUUAAUGUGCCAAGUAGGUUUGUUGCGGGAUCUAAUGUGAGUGUAGCUGACUCCCCAUGAGGGACCCCACAAAUAGAAGGGUCGCAGCAGCUUUCUAGCUUCAGGAAAGAAAAAGUGGUAAGUUCCACAAACUGAACUGUCCCAGCACGUGUCAAAGGUCAACAGCAGGGAUCCCAGCUUUCCUCCUGUCUCAUUUGGUACUUGACUGUUAGCUGUCUCUGUGUGUGUGUGGGGGGAGGGCUGUGUACUGCAUCUUUCUGUUCGGGCAAUAAACCUGAAACUGUUCAACGUGGAUCACAAUGCUGUUGCUAAUGUUCUCAUUGUCUGCUUAAUAAAUGACUUCGUAGCAUCUUG